AAGAAUGAGAGUUUAUGUAUGUGUGAACACAUUUAUAAUAAACAGGGUUUCUGUCACGCGCCUGUGCACGCAGCGUGUUUAAAUAAAGCUUCGGUGGUUUGACUCCGCACUUCCGUGUUUGCUCGCGCAGUGUGAAGUUGUUUACUGUCUCCAGCGCAGAUAAACUCUUCUUUCUGACAGCUUCGGGAUAUAAGUGCUGCAUCACCCAGAGAUCAUGCGCUCACUGCAGCUCGGAGCGUGACGGAGCUCGGGUAUUGGUCUCGUCUGAUGAUUCGGGGUGUUUUCAGGAAUAUGAGCAGAGAUGCCGUCCGUGUCCAGCGCAGUGAAGGAUCUGUAUCUGUCCUCAUCACUGAGCGAUCUCAACAAGAAAGCAGAAAUCAAACCUGAUAAAACCAGCACCAGACACUACGUCCAGAGCGCCUGCAAGAUCUUCAGGGCGGCGGAGGAGUGUCGUCUGGACCGCGAUGAGGAGAAAGCUUAUGUCCUGUACAUGAAGUACCUGACGGUCUAUGACCUCAUCAAGAAGAGACCGGACUUCAAGCAGCAGCAGGAGUUCUUCCUGUCUGUGCUCGGACCAACCAGCUUUAAAAAGGCCAUCGAGGAGGCGGAGAAGCUUUCAGAGAGUCUGAAGCUCAGGUAUGAGGAAGUAGAAGUGCGCAAACAGCUGGAAGAGAAAGAGAGAAAGGAGGAAAAGAGUCGACGAGAAGAAAGAAUCGAAAAAGAUGGCCGUGCUUCACCGGAGAAGAAGGACAAUAAGAAGCAGGUUAAAGAGGAGCCCAGUAACAGUAAGACCGGAGCUGAUAAAGGAAGCAUCAGCGCCAAGGAUCUGUUCCAGCUGAUGAAGGAUCCCAGUAUAAGUGUGCUGGUGAUGGACGCGCGGAGCAGACAGGACUUCCAGGAGUCUCAGAUCUGUGUCCCGUCUCAGACCUGCAUCAGUGUUCCUGAGGAGGCCAUCAGUCCGGGGGGGACGGUGAAUCAGAUCGAGCUGAAGCUCCCUGCGGCGUCUCUGGAGGACUGGAAGCGCCGAGGCUUCGUGGAUUACGUGGUUCUGCUGGACUGGUUCAGCUGCGUCUCUGACCUCAGACUGGGCUCCACUCUACAGAGUCUGAAGGAUGCUCUCUAUAAGUGGGACAGCAGUACGAUCCUGCGCAGUGAGCCUCUGGUGCUGGAUGGAGGAUAUGAUAACUGGCUGCUCUUUUACCCAAUGUACACCAGCAACGCUAAAGUCAAACCCCCCCGACAGCAGACGGCCAGCACACUGCCCCCGCUGAACUUCUCGUACCCGUCUCUGGAGGAGCCUGAAGCUGUGAGUGUGUGUGAGGAGCCUGCAGCCAACGGCAGAACCGUGGAUCCGGAGCCGGCCGCGGAACCGGCUGCAAACACACCCGCGCCGCUCACACAACCCACAAAAACAGACGCCGCAGCCGCCUCCGCCUCGCCACGACACACACCACAGGUCGACCGCUCCAAAAAACCAGCCGUCAAACCGGCAGCGAGCACAAAGCUCAGUGAGGAGCCCUCGGUAAGCGACGGCCCCGUGGCACACAACGGCCCCAUGGUGCCCGACCGCACCGUUAAACCCCCGCUGGACCCGUCCAGAGCUCUGAGCGAAGAGGAGCGCAGGGAGAUCCACGCCGAGACCCUCAGUCUGAUGGAGAAAGCCCGCAAAGAGCAGGAGCAGCGCAAACGAGCCCUGGAGGAGAGAGAGACGGCCGAGAGACAUCAGCGAGAACAGAGCGAGAGGAAGAAGGAGGAGGAGGAGGAGAGACAGACGGCAGAAGAGGAGGAUCAGGGAGACGAGAAGAACAGGAGAGCGCAGAAGGACGUGCCGCUGGACGCUGCCAUGAAGAGCAUGUCUCUGGAUUCAACACAAACCUUCAGCACUAGGGAGUCUCUGACGCGAGCACACAGUGAGGAGAUGGGCCGGAGCGUCCCUGGGCUGCCGGACGGCUGGAUGAAGUUUCUGGACACGGUGACCGGCACCUACAGAUAUUACCACUCUCCCACCAACCGCGUGCACCUGUACCCUCCGGAGGUCCACACGCCUCAGAUCCAGCCCAGCGCCGCUAAACCCAAGCCCCCGCCGGCCGCAGAGACGGAGAAAGAGAAGGAGCAGGAGCGCGAGAGAGAGAAGGAGCGAGAGAGAGAGCAGUCCAAACUCAAACGCUCAUACUCCUCUCCAGACAUCAGCCAAGAGCUGAGCGCAGAGACCAGCCGAAAACCUGCAGCCGUGCCCACCAUCAACAGAGAGAACAAGCCGCUGACCACCGCUGCUGCGUACACUAAGGUGGAGAUCACUCGGCCGUCUGCGGCUAAGAUCCGGAACCUGAACCCGGUGUUUGGGGGUCAGGGGCCGUUACUGACAGGCCUCCGUAACCUCGGCAACACCUGCUACAUGAACUCCAUCCUCCAGUGCCUGUGUAACACUGUUGCCAUGGCAGACUAUUUCAACAGGAACAUCUAUCAGGACGACAUUAACCGGGCCAAUAUUCUGGGUCACAAGGGCGAGGUGGCCGAGGAGUUCAGCGUCAUCAUGAAGGCGCUGUGGUCAGGACAGUACAAAAUGAUCAGCCCGCAGGAUUUUAAAGGCACCAUCUGUAAAAUCAACAACCGCUUCUCCAGCUACGAGCACCAGGACUCUCAGGAGCUGCUGCUGUUCCUCAUGGACGGCCUGCACGAGGAUCUCAAUAAGGCGGAUAAACGGCGCGGGUAUAAGGAGGAGGACAUCGAUCAUCUGGACGACGUGAGCGCUGCAGAGCUGGCCUGGUCCAAACACAAGCUCCUGAACGAGUCCAUCAUCGUGGCUCUGUUCCAGGGUCAGUUCAAGUCCACGGUCCAGUGCAUGAGCUGCCAGCACAAGUCCCGCACCUUCGAGACCUUCAUGUACCUGACUCUGGAGAUGACGUCCAGCAGCAAGUGCUCCCUGCAGGACUGUCUGAAGCUGUUCUCUAAAGAGGAGCGUCUGACCGACAGCAACCGCUUCUACUGCAGCCACUGUAAGACGCACCGAGACGCCAUCAAGAAGAUGCAGAUCUGGAAAGUUCCGCCCAUUUUACUCGUACACUUGAAACGGUUUAAAUACGACGGCCGCUGGAGGGAGAAGCUGCAGACGCUGGUGGAUUUCCCGCUGGAUAAUCUGGACCUGUCACAGUACGUCAUCGGACCCAAACACACCCUGAAGAAGUACAACCUGUACGCUGUGUCUAAUCAUUACGGAGGGCUGGACGGCGGUCACUACACUGCUUACUGUAAGAACCCUCUCAAGCAGCGCUGGUUCAAGUUUGACGAUCACGAGGUGUCCGACGUCUCCGCCUCCUCCGUGCGCUCAGCCGCCGCCUACAUCUUCUUCUACUCGUCUCUAUGAGGGUCAGCGACAGGUCGUCACCAUGGUGACCGAGUGAUUGACGCAUGUGUGACAUGCAGCUGUGGGCGGAGCUAAAGCCCUUUGCUUGAGGACUAAUGGACACUUCUGCUGAGGGAACACCCCCUCUCUCUCUGAGUGUCUCUCUCUCUCUCUCUCUCUCUCUCUCUCUCUCUCAGUGGGCGGCUCAGUGGCGUCUGUAUUCCUGUAGCAGGAGUCUGAACACAGGAGCUUUGGGCUGCUCUGGACUUGAUGUCAUUUAGACGGACCGUGUGAGAUUAGACGCCCAUAUAAACACUCUAUAACCCAAUCCGCUCAUUAGACGUGCACCCACUGCUUAGGGAGACGCGUUUCAUUUAUUUAUAUGGUGACCAAAUAUAACUCUGAAAGAGAAAAUCCAGCUGUUGGUUAAGAAGAAAUCACUCACAAACACUCGUCUUUGUUCACACGUACUAGAGCGCAGCUUGGGCCCUGCUCUGUAGGCUAGUGUUCAGGGAUCCGCUGAUCACAGCAGCGCAAUAACCCUCUUGACCGAUGGUCAGCAUUAGCAGUAGGUCUGAUUUCAUCAUAUCACACAGCUGUGUCUCUGUACUAAUCUCUCUCUCUGUGGCAUGAGCUUCUGAUGGACUGACUCUCUCACCUCAUAAUAUGAAGUGCAUUCUUUAAAUCCAUGUAUUAGCCUAUAAGCCUUAUACACGCAUCAAUAAACAGACGUAACACA